UUAUCCAAAAUGGCGUCUCGUAGCCAUGUGGAAGUGAACGAAAGGAGACUGCGGCUUAUAUAUGACUGCUUGGACAAUGGCAACAACAAGAAGGCAAUCCAGGAGGCGGACAAGGUCCUCAAGAAACAGAAAGAUUUCCAGUGUGCCAAGGUUCUCAAAGCACUGGCGAUGUUGCGACUGGGUCGUCAUGACGACAGUUCGGCAAUCCUGCAGGAAGUCCAUGCCCAGCAUCCCCACAAUGAGGCUACACUACAGGCAAUGUCGAUAUGCUACCGGGAAGUCCACAAGAUGGAGCUGAUUGCCGACCUGUACGAGAACGCCCACAAGUCCCGGCCUGACAACGAGGAAAUCCUGUCAGCGUUGUUCAUGGCCCACGUGCGCCUCGGCGACUACAAAAAACAGCAACAGACGGCCAUGUUGCUGCAUAAGCUGCGGCCACAGAAGAACCCCUACUACUUCUGGGCUGUGAUGAGCAUCAUCAUGCAGGCUCACAGUGCCACAGACAAGAAGCUAGCCACCAGCAUGUACCUGCCACUGGCUGAGAGGAUGACCAAGAAGUAUGUCACCGAGGGCAAGGUGGAAGCUGAAGCAGAAGUACUGCUGUACCUGAUGAUCCUGGAACAGAUGGACAGAUGGGAGGACGCAGCUCAGCUGCUUGAGGGGCCUCUUGGGGAGAAGUUUGUGAGUGAGCUGAACUUCCGUGCCACCAAGCUGGCUGAACUGUACAGGAAGCUGGAGAAGUGGCCCAAGGCCAACGCUGAGUACCGCCAGCUGCUGGUGCAGAACCCUGACCAGUGGCAGUUCUGGUCGGUUUACAUCGACACAGUUUUCCACCUGGUGGACUGUCAGUGGGUGCCUGAGGAAGGUGACCAGAGCGCUGAGAUAGACUACUCUGUUGAGAAGGCCCUGUCUUUCAUCACUGAGCAGAUCAAGGGAUGCGAGAACGGAAGAUUGUUUCGCGGCCCUUACCUGGCUCGACUUGAACUUAUACGACUACUGCAGACCAGAGGCGAGGAAAGUGUCAGCAUUGUAGGCUGUCCCCUGACCCUCCUCAAGCAGUACUUCGACAAGUACAGUGACAGAAGCACCUACUUCGGGGACAUGAAGCUGUUUGUUCGCAUCCUCAGCGUCAAGGAGAAGGAGGAGCUGCUGGUGUACAUGACUGAGUCACUCAAACUUAACAAGCCAGGGGAACCCACCAUCUAUGCUCAAGAUAUCAAGCACAUGCAGCGUCAUAUAUCAGUAUUACAACUUAGUCGUUACAUAGGACAACACAGGGCGAUGACUGACUCGGAUAAAGUCACUCUAGCCAAAGAUCUCUUAGAUAGGCAUAAAAAAGGACUUGAAUUUGGUACGGAACUCCUCCCAACAGAUUUACAAUACAGCGACAACUAUCUCAUUCUGGCAGCUCACCUCCUCCUGGAUGCAUGGAGGCAGUCAGGUAAACAACUCUACGUGUGGCAGGUGGUGACGCAGCUGGAGCUCGGCAUGAGGAAGUCCCCUUCCAACUUCCAGAUCAAACUCCUCCUCGUCAGACUCUACUGCAUUAUGGGAGCCUUCGGCCCGUGUCCAGCUCUCUAUGAUGGUAUGGAGAUCAAACACAUUAUGAACGACACUCUUGGCCAUAUUGUAUCAAGUCACGUGGGCCGACUGGGGCAUUUUGUGGCAGCUUGUGCGAUGUACGGAACCAUGCUGCGGUUCUUCACAGUCAACCAUAAAGAGACCACAGAAUACCUCAUAUCAUCCUACAAAUAUGGGUCUUUUGGGAAGAUCAGGGAAUUCGUUAACUUUCGAGAAAAGCUACAGAACUCUUUGCAGUAUGCAAGCGCCACAUCGGAGAGGCUGCUGCUAGACCUAACCCUAGAAACAGCAAGUCACAAUAGUACAGAACAAAUGAUAACGUAUAUGGAGAUUGACCCUGAAAAAGACAAGACCGAUAUCAACCAGCUGUGUGAUAACCGAGACUUUCAAGUGAUGAGUUGCUGGGAGCCUGCUGAACUGUUUGACCUUGAGACAUUACAAAGACAAUCAUUUGAAGAGGAGAAAGCAUGGCUCCGGCUGCGGAACCUGAUGUUGCGACUGCUGGCAGCGGCGGUGAUGUUGGGACGGCAGCCUGACGUCAACCAUCACACCAACAACGGCGUGUCGGAGGAGAGGAAACCCAUGUCCGAGGUGAUACAGGACUUGCUACAGAAGCUCACCUCCCAUCUAGAGGACUGCGACAAAUUCGCAAACAGCAUGCUGUGUCAGGUUGACGGCCCGUACCGGACAAGACUUUCAACGUUCCUCUCCAGCGGUCACCAUAAAGUGUUCAAAGAAAUGGUGCAGUGUGUUUUAUAUUCAAAUAGUCUACAGGAUAAAGGUGUAGGUAAAAGUGAAGAAAAUGAAGAAAAGAGAUUCACAACAGUUGUCCCUGAGUUACUGCAAGAGGCGGUGUCUCAACACAAGUGUCCCUUAAUUAACAGUCCAGAGGGAGGGGCUGCCCUUAACACAGAAGUGCUUGAAAAUCUUGUUCUCUGUGCAGAGACAUUAUCUUAUGCAACUAUCCUAGCUGGAGUGUGCAAUAGAAUUCUCAAGCCUCUAAAAUCAUCGUGGACAAAAAAGUUACGUAAGAAGAAGGACACUGCACCAACACAGCCCUGUACAUUCAGCAACUUUAAUGCAAUGGUGGAUGGCCUGGAAAAGGGGGCAUCUGAUCUCCACCAGGCUGUCAAGGAGGUCGACCCUGUCUUCCUUUCCCUCAGUCUCGGCACCCUCAACCUCUCUGGGCCCCUCACAGACAGCCAGGAAGAGAUGGAGAUAGAGAAGGAAGUAUGGUUGAAGGUGGAGAGUAGCUACCAGCAGUCUUCUCGAGCUGUGCACGACCACGUUCAUCUCAAACUACAGUAUCUCCAUACACUCAAGUUGUGAAGCUCCGUGUCUCCUCCAUGUCUUACCUCCUGGCUCACCUCCUGGCUCACUCUCUGGGACUCUGCAUGUUGGAACUGAAGUGUAGGACCCGAGUUGUAGGUCAUGACAUGUAGGACCCGACUUGAUGGACCUGAUUCGAUGGACCUGACUUGUUGGACCUGAAGUGAUGGACCAGACUUGAUGUACCUGACUUGUUGGACCUGAUUCGAUGGACCCGACUUGUUAGACCAGAUUUGAUGGACCUGACUUAUUGGACCUGAAGUGAUGGACCAGACUUGUUGGACCUGAUUUGAUGGACCUGACUUAUUGGACCUGAAGUGAUGGACCAGACUUGUUGGACCUGAUUUGAUGGACUUGAUCUGAUGGACCAAACUUGAUGGACCUGACUUGUUGGACCUGAUUCGAUGGACCUGACUUGUUGGACCUGACUUGUUGGACCUGAUUCGAUGGACCUGAAGUGAUGGACCUGACUUGAUGGACCCGACUCGAUGGACCCGGCUUGAUGGACCUGACUUGUUGGACCUGACUCGUUGGACCAGACUUGAUGGACCAGACUUGUUGGACCUGAUGUGUCAGACCUUACAUAUUGUGUUGACCCGGAUGUGUAACACCUGACAAGAUGGACCUCAGGUCAUCUCUUUGUUUGUAGGCCAGUUGAGAUGUUCUAACAAUGGUCAAUUUCUUCAACCUUGGACAGGAGUGUUUCCAAGACAAAUUGACGUGUGUGCAGAGUUUGUAAUUUAUUAUACACUAUAAGGGUGCGAUUUAGCGAGGAAGAACCUUCUAUCGACAUUUAUCUGACAUCUCAGACAGUUCAACCUUUCAUCUAAUGCUGAUUCUGUUCUUUGCUGUGGUGACAAUCCACAUUUGAUGCUGGAACUGAUGAAAGAAGGACCAAGACUAUGGAGCGAAUAAUGGUAGAGUCCACAUUUGGGGCUUGUACUUGUAAAAGAAGCUGUGUCGCUUUGUUCAUACUAGUUUGUUAAAUUUCCAAAUUAACUGAAGAAAGACUUCGCUAUGAAUUCCUGUUUGGGGCUCCUAGGGACAAAAAAAGAGCCCCUCCUGAGGAUAUGAAACAGUGUAGUCAUCAAAUGGCAGCACAUACUUCUCAAGGGAGAUGUGAUGAUAAUAUUAUACAAGAUUACUUGCAUCAAGUUCAACUUUAUUCCUGUUGUGCGACACAAAUCUUCAACAAAACCAUGAGUUAUUUUCUUGUCUGUCAGCAUCAUUCUGACCCAAAGUAACGAACAGCUUUCCACAUGAGGCAGUGUUUGUGAAUAUUGAUGUUGGAAACCAGUGGGUGAGGAAAAUGAAUAUGGUCAUAAAUAUUGUUAUUAAUAUAUUGGAUAUGUCAAGCUUGGAAUUCCUGUUCUUCGACCUUUUUGUGUGUGACAUUUAGGAGGAACUCCACUUGAAAACAUAUUUGUUUCCUUCAGCGUCAUGCAGAAAAAUCUGGCAAUAUUUCACCUGAUUGUCAGGUUAGGACAGUUUGAAGGAGAUUCACCACGGCAUGUCCUUCAUCAGUAAUGCUGCUUCGAGGGCUCUUCAUCAGUAACUAAAUCACCUGCGGGCCCCUCCAGUGGCAUCUUAAGUGAACCUUUUCUUGGGAACUGUGGAACUCACCUGUGGAAGUAGCCCGUGGAACACACCUUUGGAGCUGACUUGUCAGUACCCAGUGGAGCUCAUCUGUGGUACUUGCCCUGGGAACUCACCUUUGGAAGUAGCCCGUGGAACACACCUUUGGAGCUGACUUGUCAGUACCCAGUGGAGCUCAUCUGUGGUACUUGCCCUGGGAACUCACCUGUGGAAGUAGCCCGUGGAACACACCUUUGGAGCUGACCUGUGAGUACCCAGUUGAGCUCAUCUGUGGGACUUGCCCUGGGAACUCACCUGUGGAAGUAGCCCGUGGAACACACCUUUGGAGCUGACCUGUGAGUACCCAGUGGAGCUCAUCUGUGGGACUAUACGACUCAACCAUAUCUCUCACCAGACCCUGGAACGCAGGACUUUUUCUGUGCUUGCCUGUGGAUCUUGUUUUCUGACAAAAUGGUAACUUUCUGCAUAUGAAGCCAUUUUCUUCAUAUUGGUUAGACCUACAAGGACUCGUGAUUGAACACUGUGCCUGACAUGCUACAACGCAGAGGUGUGGGAGUCGAGCCUUUGCUGUGAAUACGUUGAUACUAAUCACUUGUGUGAUGGAUGCAGGGAAGUGCGGGAGUUAAGGAUUCAAGCCUUCGCUAUUAAUAUGUCGGUACUAAUCAGAUUUGUGUGUGGUUGCAGUCCCAUGUCUGUUGAGACGCUGUUUACAGUAACCUCGAACCCUAUACUUUGCAUUGCAAUUUUCUACAGGAGUUUUCACACUGUUUACAUAUGCCUUUUUCAAACCAAAGUGACAACUGACGUGUUGGUCAUAUCAAAAUACGAGCUUAUUUGUGUAAGCGUUUGUGACCAUGUUUGUGUGCGUGUGCGUGUGCGUGUGCGUGUGCGUGUGCGUGUGAGUGUGCGUGUGUAUGCAUGCGUGAGAGUAAUGUUCGAUUUCUCAACCAAAGGGGCUUUGUCAAUAUUUCUACAAGGCAGGGUUGGGAUGUAUCUUAUCAUGAUUCAUCAAUGUGUUACGUUUAGUCACAGAACCGUGCACAAGGAACAAGAACAGGGGUACAGCGAACCUAUUGGAACCUUCAAGUCAGUUCAUUCAGGUUCCUUUCAUUUCCCUCCAACACUGAACCAUUUCACCUGAAUAUGCAUUGUGCAGUACAAGGCAGUUUCAUAUACACAGUGCAUGCACUGAUUCAGGUGUUUGGAAAGAUAAGUGCAUUUUGUUAUCAGAUAUUAACAUACAGUGCAGAUUAUCUGUUUGCAUUUCGUAUUAAUAUUCUUUAUGUUGAAAACUAAUCAUCAGAUGUGAUUGUAAUAGUCUUGUGAUACGUCAGAAUACAUUCAAGACUCCGGCCCAGAUACAUAGAAGUUACAGAUGAGUAGUUUUACAUAAUCGGACAGGCCAUAAUGUUUUACAGAUUGUUUAUAGGAGAAAUAGCAUACAUACAAAGCCUGUUUUGAUAUGACAGCAUCAUCUUUUAUGAGUGAAGAGAAAUAAAAACAGGUACAGGAUAGCGUUCUGGUGUGUAAACUAAUUUCUCAGAUCAUAAUAACAGGGAAUAAGAAAUCCCCACCAAGAUCUGCUUAUGGAGUGUACCCUCCGAUCUGAUGAAGGCAAAACUUUCCAACCUGCAAUCAUGAAGGUUUGUGUCGAUGUAACACUUCACAAGGUCACGUGGUAAGCUAAACAGCAUCCCCGAUCAUAGGACUCGGGGCACUGGUUCACAAAGGUAUACUUUGACUUCAACUUAAACUUGGCGCUAAGAUUGCACGAGAAACUGGGUCCUCUAUGUUUACUGCAUGCACAUCCAGUUAUUGAAAGUGGGAUUUUUCUGUUUACAAAUUAAACUGACCAGUACUAAAAUCCACAGUAAUUUUUUUUUUUUUAAAUGUUUAAAUUUUAUUUUAUUUGCCCAGCUUCUCUAUCUUGAGAAUACUUAUUAUGUUGUUACUUCAAAAUUGUUAUGAAAUUAAAGUAACUAUGAACUUUUUUAAAAAUAAUUGAUCAAAUGCAUUUUUGUCUCUGGUCUCUGUAAACCUCUUGUAAAGAGAAUGAAAAAGAAAUCUAGAUGCUACUAUAAGAAUACUAAAAAUCCUGCCCUUAAGCAAUAUUAGCAUAUAUGUUUUACAACUCAAUGUUAUUUCAAAUAAAUAAGAAAAUAUUGACUACCGGUAUACAUUUAUUUUUAUUUUAACUUACUCAAGUUAAUUUCCUAGCGAAAAUCUCACUUACAUCCAAGUCGUCCGAGACCUGCAUCACUUCGGGCUUUCCUCCCACAUUAAGGUGACACGCCGCGAUAUAACUGGAAUGCUGUUAAAAGCGGCGUUAAACCCAACUCACUCACUCACUCUUACGUUCAGGUUGAUGAUUUGACUUUGGUUCUGUACUACAAGUUCUGCACUAAAGACAACUUGGUUUUUCAUAUGUGUGUGUGAUCAUAAUGACUGCUCCCACAGUCAGCAGUACUGCAGCUUAAUCAUGAUUCCUUGUAAAAAAAAAUUGAGUCUAGACCUGACAAACCGGUGGUUGAUAGAGUGAACACCAAUUGUGGUACAAUGACAAAUGAUCCAUUCCACCUGUCCAGAGGCGCCAACCAUUAUGAUGGUGAUUCAAGUUCAGCUAAUACAGAAAAGUGUAAUAUUUUUUAAAAGACGACACUAUGUCAUCCAAACCUGGCUUCCACAGGAGAUGCCCUAGGAUGAAAUUGCAUCACAAUGCUUUGCGGGCCAUUUGAUGUCAUCAGUUACCAUGACAUCACAAUCAAAUGACAUCACUAAUCUCUUUAACACAAACUUGUUAGCGGUACUUUUUACUCAAUACACUUAAUGUUAUUGUUUACAAACUGAAAAAGUUGGAAGAUAAAUAAAAAUAUCACCCAUGUUUCUUUAGAUAUCAAAUAUAUCGACUCUUUAAUAAAGUUCAAAAUUUAGGACUUGUGUUAAUAGAUAUGAUAUCGAAAGACACUCAGGUGAGAUUCCUUCCGUAUGUACUUUCAUCAAAACCAUUCAGUCAUGCAAAUAAUGAUUACAAUAUUUUUUAAAUGACUUAUUUGACACCAAGGGGCGGUCGGGUAGCCUAGUGGUUAAAGCGUUCGCUCGUCACGCCGAAGACCCGGGUUCGAUUCCCGACAUGGGUACAAUGUGUGAAGCCCAUUUCUGGUGUCCCCUGCCGUGAUAUUGCUGGAAUAUUGCUAAAGGCGGCGUAAAACCGUACUCACUCACUCACUAUUUGACACCAAUGUUAUUAAUUGCCGCUAGUUGGGGCUGGCAUCUCGGCCACAUCCUACUCGGCUCACACAAGCAUGGGGAACAACUGGAGACUGAGCGAACGGUCUUAUCAUGGAGACACCAGCCGUCAUCCAUUGUAUCCUGAUGUCAAAGUAUUCCAGGGUGACAUAUCUGUCUCACAACUGGGAAUAUCAACACAUAACUUUUAUAUCAUAUAUCAUGUUUUCAAUUUUGGCAUGGGAGUAUUUGAUGCACAGAAACUGUAACAUUUGAAACCUCUGGCUAACACUGCCAGUUUCAAAUGAAAGCUUCUGCUUUUAAAUACUCUCUAACACCACUAAAUCUGAAAACUGUUUAUUUCUAAUUUGAUGCCCACGAUGAUAGGGCAAAAUAUUGUUAUCCAAACCCUUGUUCCUCUCUCUGUUUGGCUUGGUGUGAUCUCAAAGAUUCUUAAAACAGUGGCUUAUUCCCUUGUAGCUCAAAUUGUCUUGCAAUGAUCGGAGCCAGGCUGGCUGGAUUUUUGUACUUUCAGACCAUUGUGCAACAUUUCAGAGUUGCCAUGUAUGUAGCCUUACCAUUCCGAGCUAGUGUCAUGUUACCUAAAAUAAUAUACUACUCUAAAAAAGUUAAGGAUCACCUGAUUCUUUCAUAUUGCUAUUGUAAAUCUGACAUGCCAUGGCAGAUUAAUUAUAGUCAUAUCAGAGGAUCUGGUGAUCCUUAACUUUUUUUUAGUAGUAUACUUCCCAGUAUUAAUAUAUAAUACAUACCCUGUACCCAUAUGGAAAGAGAUCUUUUUUUUCCACUUCUGUAGGAAGUGUUCAAGACAAUCUCAUUAAAAUCAGAUCUUUGUUCUCGCUUUCGCUAAACCAAGAUCUGAGGACAUACCAUUAAGGGUCACGUCAGAACGACCUUUCAUCCAACCAAAUCAGAACGUCGCUUACCAGAUCAUUAAAGUGACAGUCGGAAUGUGUUUUCUAAUCAUGCAAUCAAGAAAUUAUUAACACUGGGUAUUCCGAACGACAGUUACGGGUUUUAUGAUGAUAUCCAUACAAUUUAGGUCAACUAUAAGCCAUUCCAGAGUCUUCUUAUCAGUUUUAAUUUUUUUAAUUGAGAAUAUGUCAAAAUAUGUUUCGAAGCGUAGUCGCAAGUUUGAAACUAGUGUCAUAAAGCAUAAGAAAGCUGCCUUCUGAUUGGCUAAUGUCGAUUUCUUGUCGGUCAUUUUAUUGGUCGAUCAUAAUUCACGAAAGGUCGUUCUGACGUGACCCGUAAUGGGAUGUCCUCAGAUCUUUGUUCAGCGGUAGCGAAAACUAAGAUCUGAUUUUAAUGAGAUUGUGUUCAAGAGGGCAUUCUGAUUUGAGAUGUUGAAGACGAUUUGUAAAGUGGCAUGUCUAACAUUUUAGAUAUACUGUCUCAAGGCUAAGUAAGGAGUUAUGAGCGAGUGUUGUGUUUGUUUUGUUAGUGGUUGGCGUGUGCGUGCUAGGCUUGAUGAACAGAGUAUUACUUGGUGGGACAGAGGCCAGGCAAUUCACGUCAAUGGGACGGGGUGGAUAACCUGUCUGCAGAUUAUUUAUUGUCAUCAGUUCCUAAUGCUGGGGUACCGAUCGUAAAACAGGGGACUGGGUGGUCAAAGUAGGUGUAGGUUAUGGAUGGUGAUUUUCUUACCAGUAUUCUUUUCAUCAUAACUUAGGUACAGAAAUGAUUCAUAAAGGCUUUGGAGAACUGUCGAUGGUAUAUUGAGAACUUUACACGUGCAAAAUUUCAGUUACUGUAUUUACUAAAGUGCAGGCAACUCUAGAAAGCUGCCAACCCUGUCGGAAAAUUACUGGUGUUUAUCAGCUAGUGCUAGAUCCAGUGUUUAUAUAUUGCCUGGCACCUGUCACAUGUAGCCAUGUACAUUGACGCGUUUCUUACGCACCGUCUAAAUUACCCACAUCCGUGAUGUGAAACUACUUUGCAUAUGUACAAUGAAAUAAAUACAUUCUUUUUUAAA